AAUAAGAAAAGAAAAAAACAACAUGGACCCGACCCGGACCCGGUGGUAACCCGGGCCGGUCCCGGGUCUUCUACCAAAAAUCAAAAGCCCCGUUGGGCCUAGGUCCGACCCGGACCCGAGUCCAUGACUAAUUAAGUGUGAAUAAACCCAUAGAAGUCAAUAUGCACUAAAAAGUGCACUUUUUAAAAUCAAGGGUUUGAUUUUUGUGUUCGCGUUUUCUUGCAAAUGAAGUUGACUUAUAAAUUCAAAAAAUUAUUUCACUUUAUCUAAUUUCUCCUUGAGUUAUAAAUACAAAUCAAUUUUCUUUUUUUUUCGAGAUUAGGCUGUUUGAAUUCUGUCCAGCCUUUUAUGAAUUCUUAGGGGGGCAUACUCAUUAUAUUGAAAUAAUUACAUGAAUAUGACCAAAAUAAAAAUGGUUUACAAAAAUAUGAUUAGUUACUAGAGUAGUAAUGAAAUCAUAGUAAUUAAUGUUCAAGUUUUGAACUUAAGUUACUACAACACCACCUUAUAGUAAUGAAUAGUUAUAUUUAUGUAAAUAAGUUUUAUUUUAGUAAUAUUCUUGUAAAAAACCCCAUUAUAUUUAGGAAUAGAGGCCUGCUUACAAUUGAAAUUUUAGUCCUAUAGCCAGUUUGGAACUUUUUCAUCCUUUCAUGUUUAAUGUUCAGUUUUUCAUUUCUUGAAAAUAUCACAAUACUUUUUCUUUUUGUAAUAUCACAUUACUAAAUGUCCGAAACUUUUCAUCUUUUACAUUCAGCAUUCAAAAGUGUGGUUAGCCACCACACUUUUGCUUAUUGAAUUAAUGUUGAAUUUUCCUUCAUUAGCGUUUUAUGGCAAAAAAAUGAAGUUGAAUAAUAAACAAUUGAAGAGAAUAAUGCCAAAAAAAUGUCAGAUUAACAGUAGUGUCGUAUCAAAGUGUCUUAAAAGCUAUCAAAUUUGUAGAUAAGUCGGUGUCAAGAGUGUUUUUUGAAUUACUUGAAUUGCUCAAUUCAAUUUAUGAGUACUCGAGGACUUUUUAAUCCUUCAUUUCUCUAUAUUUAUCGCUUCUUUGUAAAUUUCUAUUCAGCAUUCAUUUCUGACAGAGAUAAUCUAAUAUGGAUUUGUUAUGACAUUGAUAGGAAAAACAUCAUAAAACAAUUCUACCGCUUCAGUAUAAGAUGAUUUUGCUGAGAUAGUCAAAUGUCAUCUCUAAUUUCAACCAUGUUUAUUUCAUCUGCAUCGACCCAGCUUUGCGAGCACAGAUCCUUGGGUGCCCAAGUAGCAGGAGGUACUCUCCAAUUCUUUGUUUCUCUGUUUCUCUAUUCUCUGUGAAUACAUCUCCAGUCUAGCAUUCAUUGAUUGAGUGGAUGUUUACGAAAAAACUGAUUUUUGUUCUUAAAGUGGAAUAGGUAAAACUGUUUUCCAUUCCUUCAAAUGCAUCUUUUUUGCUUUGUUUUUACAACCUUUUUUUUCCUGCCUUUUUUAUCCAUGUGUUUAAAGGAAAGGAGAAGAUAUAUUGAAUGAGUGUAUGUGACAAAGAAAGGAGAAGAUAUAUUCAAUGAGUGUAUGUGACAAAGUAGCCAUACUUUUCGCUCGUGUGAAGCAUUUUUAUCUUUGUCACUAAAAAGAAUCAUAAUCGGUCUACAGCCUCUCUCCAUCAAUCUCUCCUAUGUAUGUGACGGGCAUAUCAUUACAAAUUUGAGUGUCGGAUUCAAUCAUUCAAUGGUAAUUCAUAUUGUUAUUAUUUCCUCACAUUAAUUAUUUAUGAUUUACCAUCGCUGUGUUUUUAAAAUAUUACAUCAUCGAACUUUGAUGCACUUUUAAUUUUGAACUUUCUUUACUUUUCAGCUUUGAACGUAACUGAAACACAUUACUCGAGGCAGAACAGGUAAUGCAUAUAUUUGAAUUAAGAAAUGAAAGUCCAGAGUCCUGCAUUUUACAGUCUGUAGAAGGAUCCGAACUGUGACGGCGAUCAGCGCGAACAUCACUUCCGAUUUCCGAAGGAGCUGGACUUUCAGCGACAACCUCACCCACGAACAAAGGAGGACGCUGGUGCCGGUCAUCGAAGACAAACUCAGCCCUGACAUCAAAGGUAACCCCAGCCUUCUACGCUCAUAUUUACUAGCUAGCUAGCUAGAUAUGUUACGCAUAAUCAUAUCGUAGAGAAGCAUAGUCGUGGGAGGGGUCUUGGUAGAGCUAUGAGAUCACGUACCUUAUAAUAGUAGGAAAAUUGAAGGAAAAUAAAAUGAUAAACCUGCAUUUCUGUACGUCUCAAGUAGGCCAAAUUACCAAAUUGAUAAAAAAAAAAAAAAAAAAAAAAAAAAGAGGGCUGUUGGUAAUUUGGUAAUUUGGCCUACUGGAGACGGAAGUGCAGGUUUAUCAUUUUAUUUUGGGAAAAUGUACAUAUAUACCUCUAUAGUAUAGGUGCAUGAACAAAUAUACUCUUGUUCUAUUUUUCGGAACAAAUAUACCCCUGAACUUUGAAAAAGGUGCAAAAAUAUCCCUCAUGUUCUUAUAAAUUAGCAAAUUAAUUCUUAUUGACUUUAAAUUAAUAAAAUUAAUUUCAAAAAACACCAAUAAAUUAAAAAUUCGAAAUUAAAAUAUAAAAAAAUUAAAAAAUGUAAUUGUGUCCAAUUCUCCCUUUUCGUUUUUGUAUCACAAUUAAAUAUUUUUAGUAUAUAAAUUCACUAUUUUGUAAUUUUUGGGCUAUUUAUCAUCAUACAAAAUAUGUAAUUUUAUAGUGCAAAAAAUGCAAAAAUAAUUUUUUUGCAUUGCAACACAUAUGUUAGCACAUUUUCGAAAGAAUAUUAAAUAUAUAGUAAUAUUUUGAAAUAAUAUUUUGUACUAGUACUAAAAAUAUUUAAUUUUUAUUUUUUUUAUAUUUUAAUUUCGAAUUUUUAAUUUUUUUGGUGUUUUUGGAAAUUUAUUUUAUUACUUUAAAGUUAAUAGGGAUUAAUUUGCUCCUUUAUAAAAACAUAAGGGAUAUUUUUGCACCUUUUUCAAAGUCCAGGGGUAUAUUUGUUCUGAAAAAUAGAAGAUGAGUAUAUUUGUUCCUGCACCUAUACUAUAGGGGUAUAUAUGUACCUUUUCUCUUUUAUUUUCCUUCAAUUUUCCUACUAUUAAAAGGUAUGUGAUCUCAUAGCUCUACCCAACCCCUCCCACGGCUAUCCUUCUCUACGAUAUGAUUAUGCGUAACAUAUCUAGCUAGCUAGUAAAUAUGAGCGUAGAAGGUCGGAGGUUACCUUUGAUGUCAGGGCUCAGUUUGUCUCCGGUGCCGGCGUCCUGCUUUGUUCGUGGGUGUGGUUGUCGCUGAAAGUCCAGCUCCUUUGGAAAUCGGAAGUGAUGUUCGUGUUGAUCGCCGCUGCAGUUCGGAUCCUUCUAUAGUUUGUAGAAUGCAAGACUCUGAACUUUCAUCUAAUUCAAAUACAUGCACAGAACGAAAGUCAAGGGAGUCAAAGAACUUACGAAUGAGCUCCAAUGGAGUUCUACCUUUUGUGAAUCGACCGAUGAGGGUGAAAUGGAGAUGUUCCGUGAGAAUGGACGUACGGGCGAUGGAAUCUUGAUGGCGAUACAGCCCUUGUGUCGCCCAAAUUGGAGCUUCAUGUGUUCAUCAAUGGUUGGCCAAGCCUUAGGGGUAGCAACCAUUGCUGCGUAGGAUCUUCGUGGUGGCGGAUUGUCCCCCUGUGGAGGGGGAGCUGCCAUGGCGCCGCUGUCCUUUACUUCCGUCAAGAGUUAUUUUCUUCCGUUGGAGCCUCUCUCUCUAGAAGACCGUUGUUCAACAAAAAGAAAAGUAUGUUUAAUUUUCCUCACAGUUAUGCCCAUUCUCCAAACAGAUCUUGGAUUUUCUGGACCAAUGAUAACACUGUUUCUAUCAUUCACGAGGGUUCCCAAUCUUUGUCUAUGAUUAUUACUAACAUUGGGAAUCCAAUUCCUUUUUUGGUUUCAAUUGUUCAUGGCAGCAGUGAUAGAAUUCAAAGAACACAACUUUGGGACGAGCUUAGGCUUCUCAUAUCUUCUAAUAGUAGUAGCCCUUGGAUUGUUGCUGGAGAUUUCAAAAUGCUAUUACUCACCUCAAUGAGUAUAGGGGUAACUCUAACCCUAACACUUAGUGGACUUUCAGUAACACUUAGAUUUCAGUAACUCUAUUAUUGAAUUCAAUGAUUUCAUCAAUGCCAAUGCCUCAGUGGACUUUCAUAUUUAAUACUACUUCCAUUUUUUUAGUUGCAACUUGCAACAUUGAUGAAUUUUAUACUCCCUCCGUCCCAGAAUUAACUUCGGUUUUGACUGGGCACAGAGAUUAAGAAAGUGGGAAAUGUGUGGUGGAGAGUUGUGCAGAGGAGAAAGAAAUGUGUAAGAAUGAUUGUGAACCACAAAUCCUUUGCUAAAAAGAGAAAGAGGAGAUAAAUUUGGGACGGACAAAAAAGGAAAGAAUGAAGAUAAUUAUGGGACGGAGGGAGUACCAUUCGCAUACUCUACUUAGACUACAUUUUAUUUAUUAAUGUAUUAUAAAUUAAAUAUUGAAAAAUGGUGUUCAAUUCCUCUUAUUUUAAUUUUUACAAAUCUAUUUUUUUUAUUUUUACUAAUUGUGAAUGAAAUGUAUUAACGGUCAAACUUGUGCGUUGCAACUAAAAAGGAACGGA